UUUGACAGGAGCUUUGACCUGUGCUGAAGGAGCCCGUUAACCUGCGGCUGAACAAGUAGAUUCACAAAAUGAAGAUCGCAGCGUAGACGUGUGCUUCUACCAGGGCCACGUAGGAGCUUUUUACUUGACUAAACACCGGAGACUACUGCUGCAAGCGAAACUCCAAAAUGUCCAAUUUCAGCGCGGGUAGGAAGUGACGGAUAUGCAACCGAUCAAACCGAUGGCACACACGGGCUUAGAAUAAAUCCUUUUUGGCGAAUGACACUUUAUAGGCAAACCUAGGUAGGGGUUGACCGACGGAGAGAGACACGCGGAAGUGCGGACAUGGCUGACAGGACUGCUCCCAAUUGCCACCUGAGACUGGAGUGGGUGUAUGGAUACCGGGGACAUCAGUGCCGCAACAACCUGUACUACACCGCUGCAAAGGAAAUCGUGUAUUUUGUGGCCGGUGUAGGAGUCGUGUACAACACCAGGGAACACAAGCAGAAAUUCUUCCUGGGACACAACGACGACAUUAUCAGUUUGGCUCUUCACCCGGAACGUGUCCUGGUGGCCACAGGACAGGUGGGGAAGGAGCCGUACAUCUGUGUAUGGGACUCCUACACUGUGCAGACUGUGUCCAUUCUAAAAGACGUCCACACGCAUGGGAUCGCCUGCCUUGCCUUUGACCUGGAGGGACAGUGCUUGGUAUCUGUGGGCCUGGAUUCGAAAAACACAAUCUGUGUGUGGGACUGGAGACGAGGGAGGGUCCUGGCAGCCGCCCCUGGUCAUACAGACAGGAUAUUUGACAUAUCGUGGGAUUUGUACCAGCCGAGCAAACUCGUGAGCUGUGGUGUCAAACAUAUAAAGUUUUGGAGCUUAUGCGGUAAUGCGCUCACACCCAAACGUGGCGUCUUUGGCAAAACGGGAGACCUGCAGACCAUUCUGUGUCUGGCCUGCGCGAAGGACGAGAUCACAUACUCCGGUGCCUUGAACGGGGACAUCUACGUGUGGAAAGGGAUCAAUCUGAUGAGGACGGUACAGGGGGCACAUGGGUCAGGGAUUUUCAGCAUGAAUGCUUGUGAAGAGGGCUUUGCCACCGGGGGCAGAGACGGAUGUGUCCGGCUAUGGGAUCUCAACUUCAAACCAAUUACGGUCAUUGAUCUCAGGGAAACCGACCAAGGGUAUAAAGGGCUGUCUGUGCGCAGUGUAUGUUGGCGGGGGGACCACAUUCUUGUUGGCACCCAGGAUAGUGAAAUUUUUGAGAUAGUGGUCCACGAUCGCAACAAGCCCUUCCUCAUCAUGCAGGGUCACUGUGAGGGUGAGCUGUGGGCGCUGGCUGUGCACCCCACCAAACCCUUGGCAAUGACGGGGAGUGACGAUCGCUCUGUCAGAAUAUGGAGCCUGAUUGACCACGCACUAAUAGCCCGCUGCAACAUGGAGGAGCCCAUCCGCUGCGCAGCUGUGAGCACUGACGGCAUCCAUUUGGCUCUGGGAAUGAAAGAUGGCUCCUUCACCGUCCUCCGAGUCAGAGAUAUGACAGAAGUGGUCCACAUCAAGGACAGGAAAGAGGCGAUUCAUGAGCUCAAAUACUCCCCCGAUGGGACGCAUUUGGCAGUGGGUUCGAAUGACAACUCGGUGGACAUCUAUGGCGUGGUGCAAAGAUAUAAGAAAGUGGGCGAGUGCAUUGGCUCCAAUAGCUUUAUAACACAUAUGGACUGGUCAACGGACAGCAAGUACUUGCAGACCAAUGAUGGCAGCGCGAGGAGGCUUUUCUACAGAAUGCCAAGUGGGAAGGAGGUAUCCAACAGGGAGGAGUUGAAGCUGGUGCAGUGGGCGUCCUGGACAUGUGUGCUGGGGCCUGAAGUCAAUGGAAUAUGGCCUAAAUAUUCCGAUAUAAAUGACAUAAACUCUGUAGAUGCCAACUUUAACAAUCAAAUCUUAGUAACAGCGGACGAUUAUGGACUGGUCAAACUUUUGCGAUAUCCCUGUAUCAAAAAAGGUGCAAAAUGUAAAAAAUAUUUAGGUCAUUCAGCGCACAUAACCAAUGCAAGAUGGUCACAUGAUUACCAAUGGGUCAUAACUAUUGGAGGUGCGGAUCAUUCUGUGUUUCAGUGGAAGUUUAUCCCCGAACGAAAAACUAAAGAGGCUCUGCAUAUAGCACCACAAGAGACCUUGGCUGACUCCAAUAGUGAGGAGUCCGAUUCAGACCAGUCCGAUGUUCCAGAGAUGGACUCAGAAAUCGAACAGGAAACCCAGCUCACAUACAGGAGACAGGUUUAUAAAGAAGAUCUACCUCAGCUCAAAGAGCAAUCCAAAGAGAAGCAACGAGCGCUGCCAAUGAAAAAGCGAGAGAGGGCCCCAGACAGUGGAGUGAAGCUACACUUUAUUCAUGGUUACAGAGGCUAUGAUUGUCGGAGUAACCUGUUUUACACCCAGACUGGAGAGAUAGUUUACCACGUAGCCGCUGUCGGAGUAGUGUACAACCGCCAGCAGAACACCCAGCGUUUUUACAUGGGCCACAAUGACGACAUCCUCUGCCUGGCCAUACACCCUCUCAAAGACUUUGUAGCUACAGGGCAGGUUGGUAGAGAUUCCUCAGUCCAUAUAUGGGACACAGAAACGUUGAAAGCUCUGUCGGUGCUAAAGGGAUUCCAUCAGAUUGGAGUGUGUGCCUUGGACUUUUCAGCGGAUGGCAAGAGGCUGGCUACAGUGGGGCUGGAUGACAAUCACACCAUUGUGCUAUGGGACUGGAGGAAGGGGGAAAAGCUCUCUGCGAUGAGGGGAAGCAAGGACAAGAUAUUUGUUGUGAAAAUAAAUCCUUACCUGCCUGACAAACUCAUCACCGCUGGUGUGAAGCAUAUAAAAUUUUGGCAUAAAGCUGGUGGCGGAUUAAUUGGACGUAAGGGGAACAUGGGAAAGACGGAGACAAUGAUGUGUGCGGUGUAUGGCUGGUCAGAGGAGAUGGUCUUUUCGGGAACGUGCACAGGAGAUAUUUGCAUUUGGAGAGACAUGUUUCUAAUGAAGACUGUCAAGGCUCAUGAUGGCCCUGUGUUCAGCAUGCAUGCACUGGAAAAGGGAUUCGUGACGGGUGGAAAAGAUGGUAUUGUCGCUUUAUGGGACGACACUUUCGAGAGAUGCCUAAAGACGUAUGCCAUUAAGAGGGCCGUCCUAGCUCCAGGCUCUAAAGGGUUGCUUUUGGAAGAUAACCCAUCCAUACGUGCCAUAUCUUUGGGCCAUGGACACAUAUUGGUGGGAACAAAGAAUGGAGAGAUUCUGGAGGUUGACAAGAGUGGCCCUAUUACUCUGCUGGUUCAGGGUCACAUGGAGGGUGAAGUAUGGGGCCUGGCCACUCAUCCCCAUCUCCCGCUCUGUGCCACUGUCAGCGAUGACAAAACGCUACGUAUAUGGGAUCUCUCCCCCAGCCACUGCAUGCUGGCCGUACGCAAGCUCAGAAAAGGGGGCCGCUGCUGCUGCUUCUCUCCUGACGGAAAAGCUCUGGCCGUGGGUCUGAAUGACGGCAGCUUCCUCAUCGUGAACGCGGAUACCCUGGAAGACCUGGUAUCCUUCCAUCACCGCAAGGACGUUAUCACUGAAAUCAGAUUCUCACCAGGCAUUGGGAAGUAUCUCGCCGUUGCAUCUGCCGACACAUUUGUGGAUAUUUACAAUGUGAUGAGCAGUAAACGGGUUGGAGUUUGUAAAGGCUGUCAUAAUUACAUCACUCAUCUUGACUGGGAUAAGAGAGGAAAACUACUUCAAGUCAAUACAAGUGCCAAGGAGCAGUUCUUUUUUGAAGCACCUCGUGGCAAGAGACAGACCAUCCCAGCUACAGAAGUGGAGAAGGUUGACUGGAGUACAUGGACGUGUGUCCUGGGACCAUCUGUUGAGGGCAUCUGGCCUGUGAUCAGUGAGGUCACUGAGGUGACCUCUGCCUGCCUUAGUAAUGACCGAAAGGUGCUAGCAACAGGAGAUGACUUAGGAUAUGUCAAGCUCUUCAGAUAUUCUGUGAAGGGCAAGUAUGCAAAGUUUAAGCGGUAUGUGGCCCACAGUACACAUGUUACUAAUGUGCGGUGGAGCCAUGAUGACAGCCUUCUGGUGACAGUGGGCGGGUCUGACACGUGCCUCAUGAUCUGGGCUCAUGAGCCUGAGGGCCAUCGGGAGAUCCGACAGUGCGACAGUGAGGAGUCUGACAUAGACAGUGAGGACGAUGGAGGUUAUGACAGUGAUGUGACAAGAGAAAAUGAGAUCACCUAUACCAUCAAGGCCUUAUCCACUAAUAUGCGACCAAUGACUGGUGUGAAACCGCACCUGCAGCUCAAAGAGCCCACUGUCGAUGAAAGACAAGGUGUGGUCAGGGGAUCGAGGCCUCCUGUUAGCAGAGCUCUUCCUCAACCAGAGAAGCUACAGACUAACAACGUUGGCAAAAAGAAAAGGCCUAUUGAGGAUUUGGUGUUGGAGCUGGUGUUUGGUUACCGUGGUAACGAUUGCCGCAAUAAUGUGCACUACCUAAACGAUGGGGCAGAUAUCAUCUACCACACAGCAUCCGUUGGCAUUGUCCUCAAUCUGACAACAUCUUGCCAAAGUUUUUAUGUUGAACACAGUGAUGACAUUUUGUGCCUGACAAUCAAUCAACAUCCUAAAUUCCCCAACGUGGUGGCAACUGGCCAAGUAGGUGAUACUGGUGACAUGUCAGCCACAUCUCCCUCCAUCCAUGUGUGGGACGCAAUGAGCAAGCAGACUCUGUCAGUCCUGCGUUGUUACCACUCGGGCGGGGUGUGCUCUGUCAGUUUUAGUGCUACAGGAAAGCUCCUGUUGUCUGUGGGCCUUGAUCCUGAACACACUGUCACCAUCUGGAAGUGGCAAGAAGGUGCCAAAGUUGCCACCCACAUAGGUCACACCCAGAGGAUUUUUGUGGCUGAGUUCCGCCCAGACUCAGAUACACAUUUUGUGUCUGUGGGCAUCAAGCAUGUGCGAUUCUGGACGUUAGCGGGUCGAGCUUUGCUUAGCAAGAAAGGGGUACUGAGUUCGAUAGAGGAUGCACGGAUGCAAACCAUGCUUUCUGUGGCAUUUGGGGCUAACAACUUGACAUUUACAGGUACCAUAAGUGGAGAUGUGUGUGUGUGGAAGGAGCACAUUUUAGUCAGGAUAGUGGCCAAAGCUCAUACAGGCCCAGUGUUCACCAUGUACACGACCCUCAGAGACGGCCUCAUCGUCACCGGAGGCAAAGAAAGACCGUCAAAAGAGGGAGGUGCACUGAAGCUGUGGGAUCAGGAGCUGAAACGCUGCCGAGCCUUUCGUUUGGAGACAGGACAGAUCAUAGACUGUGUCCGGUCUGUGUGCAGGGGAAAGGGUAAAAUUCUUGUGGGAACAAGAAAUGCAGAGAUCAUUGAAGUUGGUGAGAAGAAUGCUGCUUGUAACAUCUUGGUGAAUGGCCACAUGGACGGUCCCAUUUGGGGACUUGGAACACAUCCCUCUCGAGAUGUUUUUCUGUCUGCUGCAGAAGAUGGGACUGUUCGUCUGUGGGACAUCCCAGAAAAGAAAAUGCUGAACAAGGUCAACCUUGGCCAUCCUGCACACACCGUCAGCUAUAGUCCUGAAGGAGACAUGGUGGCCAUUGGGAUGAAGAACGGAGAGUUCAUAAUCUUGCUUGUAGCAUCACUGAAAAUAUGGGGCAAGAAAAGGGACAGACGUUCCCCAAUCCAGGAUAUCAGGUUCAGUCCCAAUUCCCGUUACUUGGCUGUGGGUUCCAAUGAGAGUGCAGUAGACUUCUAUGACCUGACUCUGGGCCCACAACUCAACCGCAUAAACUGCUGCAGGGACAUCCCAAGUUUUGUCAUGCAGAUGGACUUCUCUGCUGACAGCUUAUACAUUCAGAUAUCCACUGGUGCUUACAAACGACUGGUAUAUGAAGUACCAUCUGGAAAACAGAUCACAGAACAGACACAAAUUGACAGAAUUACUUGGGCCACCUGGACAAGCGUUCUUGGUGAUGAGGUCAUAGGGAUCUGGUCCAGAAACACUGAUAAAGCAGAUGUAACAUGUGCCUGUGUGUCACACUCAGGCCUUAAUAUUGUGACAGGCGAUGACUUUGGAAUGGUGAAGCUGUUUGACUUCCCAUGCCCAGAGAAGUUUGCUAAACACAAGCGUUUCUUAGGGCAUUCUGCCCACUUGACAAACGUACGUUUCACAAAUGGAGAUCAUUUUGUCGUCAGUGCUGGUGGAGAUGAUAGAAGUCUCUUUGUGUGGAGAUGUGUCCAUACUCCUCAUUAAAGGCACACAGAGGAGCAUUCUGCCUCACAGCUCAUGAUCAGAGAAGAGUACUGUAUGUAAAAGGGUAAAAGGAAAGGCCUGGCUGCUGACUAAUGCAGAAAAUGGUGUAAUGACUUACUGCCUCAAAAUUAGGUGCAUGCAUUUGUGCAAGAUUUCCUUUGUUUAUCACCAGCCCAUUUGUUUAAUCUAACACUCACAAAAUAAACAUGCCUGAUACUAAACUGUAUGUGAACCAUUUCAGAGUUAAAUUUUAGAAUCAGAUUUCCAUAAGGCAGUUGUGGUUUAUAUGCUUAUUCAGUACAUACUGACAUUGCCAUUUUUACCAUGUAGCAAAUGCAACUAGCCUUAAUUCUUGUGAGGGUUGACAUCUUUUUGUACUUUUUGAUUUCAUAUGUUUGUGUUUAUGUUCAUUCUAAAUCCUGUGGCCUUCCUCCUGAAUGUAACAUCCACUGUUAUGUUCUGGAUGUCAGCAUGCCAAAGCAUACUAUGCACUGUACACCAGACCUGGUCACUGUGUUAGCCCUAGUGGGGUUUUUGGGUUUUUUUCGGUUUGUGUAUGUGGUUGUGCUAUUGACUGGUUGACCUCAAGCCUUCCUCUGCAGUGUUCCGUUGUUAACCUGUGUACAUGUGGUUGAAGAUGUAGGUGGUAAACGAGUGUGCAUGGCUUACUAAAAGACAAUCUGUCCUAACCGUGAUCCUCAUAAAAAAACAAAAAACAAAGAACAGCUGCACAACUGGUGCAAUCCUGUCACUUUCAGUGUGCUGCUAUGUUAUAUUGUUGCAAUUUUAUGAUAAAAUGUGUAAUUAUUUUCAAUACUAAUUGUGUAAAUGUGUUUUGUGUAAUAAAUUAUAUAUCAUAUACAUAAAUGGAAUGU